UGCAGUCGAGUCCUGUUCGUCUCCAAGAGAAGAUUCAUCAGGUUUCUCUCAGCAGCAGUGAGUGCAGACAUGGCUGCUGUCAGCAAUCUGCGAUCUGAAGCUCAUUUUCUGUGCUCCAUCUGUCUGGAUGUGUUCACUGAUCCAGUCACUACACCAUGUGGUCACAACUUCUGCAAAGACUGCAUCACUCAGCACUGGGACAUGAGUCAGAGGUGUCAGUGUCCCAUGUGUAAAGAGACUUUCUGCACAAGACCUAAGAUAAGGGUCAACACCUUCAUCUCUGAGAUGGUUGUUCUGUUCAAAUGUGAAGUUCAGCAGAAAGCCAGCAACAGCCGCUCAGAGCAACAAGCUGCCAAACCAGGAGAAGUUCCCUGUGACGUCUGCACUGGAACCAGACUGAAGGCCACAAAGUCCUGCCUGGUGUGUCAGACCUCCUACUGUCAGACUCACCUGGAGCCUCAUCUGAAAGCUUCACGUCUGGAAAGACAUCAGCUGGUGGAACCUGUGGAGAACCUGGAAGACAAGAUGUGUAAGAAGCAGGAUAAACAUCUGGAGCUGUUCUGUAAGACCGACCAGACAUGCGUCUCUGUGCUGCGUCUCUGUGCUCAGAGGAACAAACCACGAGUUUGUUCCUCUGAGAGAGGAAUAUGAAGGAAGGAAGGAAGAGCUGAUGAAGACAGGCUCUGAGGUGGAGCAGCUCUCAUGCUCUGAAGACCACCUCCAACUCAGCACAGACAUGAAGAAGGAGCUGGUUGAGGUUAAGCUGAAGAGCAUCCAGCAGUAUGCAAUGAAUGUGACUCUUGAUCCUGAUACAGCAAAUUCCUGGCUCGUCCUGUCCAAUGAUGGAAAACAAGUGUAUCCCAGUAAUGUGAAGAAGACUCUUCCAGACACCCUGGAGAGGUUUUCUCCGUGUAUAAUGGUUUUGGGAAAGCAGAGUUUCUCUUCAGGCAGAUUUUACUUUGAGGUUCAGGUUAAAGGAAAGACUGAGUGGGAUUUAGGAGUGACCACAGAGUCGGUAAAAAGAAAGGGUCAACUCAUUUUGUGUCCUCAAAAUGGUUUCUGGACUUUAUGGCUGAGAAAUGGAAAUGAGUACAGAGCUCUCAUUGGUUCACCACUGACCCUUUCUCUUCAGUCUGGUCCUGAGAAGGUGGGGGUGUUUGUGGAUUAUGAGGAGGGUCUGGUCUCCUUUUAUGAUGUAGAUGCUGGAACUCUGAUCUACUCCUUUACUGGCUGCUCCUUCACUGAGAAACUCUACCCAUACUUCAGUCCUGGUCUUCAUCACGAUGGCAGAAACUCUGCACCUCUUAUCAUCUGUCCUGUCAAUCAAACUCAUUAAAUCAACUGCUUUUCUUUGAUUCGCAGAUUGAUUUUUAUUGAGGGGGACAAAUGAACAUAUUCAGUGUAACACAUUUUACAUGUUUUCUGUAGAAUCUGACUCUAAAUUAAACUCCGAUUUCAUUCUCAUGGAUUGUGUUCCAAACAGAAGAAAUAUUCCCACUAAUCAAGA